GGAGUCGUCUGAAGCGAGGCGGGGCCUGCAGAUAGAUACCCAGAGACAGAGAUUUAAAUUUCAUUCUCAGCAAGAACAGCAGCAUUAGCGGCAGCAGCAGCAGCAGCCCCGGCGCACAGCAACAGACGCGCGCGCGCCCCGACCAGUCCCGCCGGCUUCCCUGCCGCCGCCGCCGCUGCUCGCUCGCUUGCCCUGCCUGCCUGCCAGCCAGCCAGCCAUGGGCCACUCCGCCGCCGGGGAGCCGGGCCUCAUCGCCAACGUGGUGAACGACACCUUGGAGUUCUACCGCUGGACCUGGACCAUCCGAGACAAACGCGUCGAUGACUGGCCCUUGAUGCAGUCUCCAUUUCCCACAUUGGCUAUAAGUACUCUUUACCUCCUCACUGUUUGGCUUGGCCCCAAAUGGAUGAAGACAAGGGAGCCUUUCCAGUUCCGCUCAUUAUUGAUUUUUUACAACUUCGGAAUGGUUCUACUUAACUUCUAUAUUUUCAAAGAGCUACUUUUGGCAUCAAAAGCUCGAGGAUACAGCUAUAUCUGUCAGAGUGUGGAUUAUUCAGAUAAUGAAUAUGAAGUCAGGAUAGCCGGGGCUUUAUGGUGGUACUUCGUAUCAAAAGGAAUUGAAUAUCUGGAUACAGUAUUUUUCAUCCUAAGAAAAAAGUUUAACCAAAUCAGUUUUCUUCAUGUCUAUCACCAUUACACUAUGUUUACUUUGUGGUGGAUUGGAAUAAAAUGGGUUGCAGGAGGGCAAGCUUUUUUUGGAGCACAAAUCAAUGCUUUUAUCCACGUUAUUAUGUACAUGUACUAUGGACUAGCUGCCUGUGGCCCAAAAUUUCACAAGUACCUUUGGUGGAAACGAUACUUGACCAUAAUGCAGCUGAUUCAGUUCCACGUGACAAUUGGACACACGGCCAUGUCUAUUUAUAUUGAUUGUCCCUUUCCUAAAUGGAUGCACUGGGGCGUCAUUUUCUAUGCCAGCACUUUCAUUAUCUUGUUUGGCGACUUCUACUAUCGGACAUACAAGAUGCCCAAGCAGCCUGUAAAGAAUGGCAAGAUUACCAAUGGUGUUGUGGCAAAUGGUAUAAGCAAACCAGAAAAUGGUCUAGUUGUGGAAAAUGGAAAAAAGCAGAAAAAAGCAAAAGGAGAGUAACUCGAUCCAGGCCUUAACCAUUGUUGGCAGUGAGGAGCCUCCAAAUUGGUUGUAAAAGAGAAAGAAACGUUAUCCUAUCUAUACCAAUUGACCUUUAGGUUAUUGAAGAGAUAGAAAACAUUAUUUAUGAAGAUCGUUUUAACAACAACCCUUCAACUUAAAAAUUUCUAUUGUAAUUAUGUAAUUAUUAAGACUCUCAUGAUCUCUAUGUAAACUUUUAGACUGCUGGUGUUGGUAAUGUAAGAAAUAAUUACUGAAGCAUAUCCUGUCAAUCCAAUGGUUAAUACUACAAUUAAUCAAGGAUACCGUUGACUUGUUGGAGCAGACAUUUCUUUGAAAAAACAAAUAGUGUAUAAAUCUUUCUGAUCCUAUCAUUUGUUUUAAGACCAAAUCAUUCUCUAAUUAGGACAUUGAUUUUUUUCUUGCCCACUUUUAUCAUAGUUUUGUUUUAUAGUCUCUUAAACUACAUGUUACCCUAAUUCGUCCACUAUAUCUGUUACAACUUCUCUUGUGUGGAAUUGCACCUACCUCUUCAUUUUUUGAAAGUAACACCUAACAUUAAAUACUAAUUUUUGAAAUACAGAGUCUGCCAAUAUAAAUUUUGUUCUAUUCAAAUUAGAAAAAGGUAUUUCUUUUUUUUAAUGCAUUUUAAUGCAUUUUCUCAUUAAUGAAGAGGACAUAUUUGAAAGGUCUGUAUCUGAAACAAAUGACAAACCAUGGUCUAAGUCUAAGACAAUCCUUGUUUCUAAGAUGUCAUGAAACUAUUGUUUGUUGUCUCCAGUUGCAUGAAACCCACGGUGCUAAUGCUUAAAAUGGUUGGAUGUUAUAUUGUGGUAGAAGGGAGGACAGAACUCAAGUUUUUAUUUUGCUAAUGGCCUACUUAUUUAGUACUGGGCAUGUUAAAUAUAAAGAGGAGAAAAUCAUCAGCAUAGAGUCUUGCAGCUGAAAGCCUCCACCCAACAAUAGAACUCAAGUUAGCCACGACCAACUUGUUCCAUUGGGUUCAGUGGGACUUAAGUCAUGAUUAAAUUUAGUUAAAUUGGGGCCCAAGUGCUUAAAUGCCAUGAGCAAAUGCACUGUAGAUAAUAUUGUUGUGAACUGUUUACUCACAAGGUGGUCUUGCCUCUAGUACUGUAAUACUUGCGGGCUCAUGAUCUUUUUACAGGUACUGUACAAAUAGACUCGUAAUUGAUUAUUCUUGCAGUCAUGUCACUGCAAGAGCAAUAUUGGCUGGUUAAGAUUCCAUCCCUUCCAUAUCAGCUUCUCUAAGUCUAAUUUCCAUGGCUGUUCUGCUCAUCGUUCCUUCUGCUGCACCAUUAUGGCUUGCCUCUAAUGCUUAUUGUCAGAGUACCUCAAGCUCGACUCCGCUAUGGACUGGAUACAUUUUAUUGCACAACUGUGAAGAAAGUACAGUAAGGAUUCUCCAUUUGCACAGCCCUGGAAAUGGAUGUGGAGAGAAGUCAUGAUUUGCUGCAGCUUGGAUUGAGUUUGAGGCACAGCUGGAACUAGAACUGAGGAGGUCGUUAGAUUUCUCUGCUCUGAAUACAAGAGCCAUCCUCAUAUAUUUAUGAGAAAGAUUUCUCUCUAGUAAUGUAUUUUAUAUCAUGAAAAUAAAGCUAUUUAGUUGAGACAGAUGCUCGCAGGACAUCCUGUUUUUACUUUUACCCAUCUUGUAUUGUCUGUAAAAACAAUAGGAGAACAACCCCCCCCCCCAUUUCCUAAUAUUUACUAUGUCUAUUGCUUAAUGGGUUUGCCCAAAACACCCCCCAACGCAAUCCAAAAGUAUAAUUGGAAAGAUUAUAAAUGUCUGGACACAAAUCACCUUUACAGGUUAAUUUGGCAUGCUGGUCUCCCAAAGUAACCCAAACUGGGUGUGGAAAUACUGACAUGGGCUGCAGUCCUAACUAGGGAGUAGGCCCAUGGAACACAGUGAGACUGACUUCUGAAUAAACCUGUUUAGGGUGACAUGGUGGAAAUGCACAGCAGAUCUUAACUGGUCUGGGACCAUCAACUAGCUUCUCUGAUGAGGGUUGUUUCUUUUGUGCUUUUCAAAAUGGACCCGAAAGGUGGGUGUUGUUGUAGGCAGCUGGCAGAUCUGGGUGGGGUGACCUUGCUCAACUGGCUUCUGAAUGUGGGGGUCGCUGCUGCUAAUAGGGAGGGGGUGUGUGGCUGCAGGUAGCUUGGUUUCCAGCAGGCACAGUAGCAGAAGCAGUGGGUUGGCUCCAGCACCUGCCACCUGCCGAACUCCCCACAACCUCAACCCUCUGUUACUGGCAGAGAACUCCAUGCUGGGAAGCCAAGUACGCAAUGCAGCUCCACCCCACCAGCUACUCCUGCAGGCAACAAACAUCUUGGGACAUGAUACACUAAAGGGCUGUUGAUUUUAUUGGGGGAGAAUUAAGCAUGUGCUUAACUUUUUCAUUGAAAUCAAUGGGACUUGCAUGUGCUCAACCUUGUCUGGAUUAUUCCCUUAAUGUAUAGAAAUAAAAAGUAAAAGAUGUUUGCAGAUCUUUUGUCCUUUUUAUAAUCUAUUAGGAUUUCAGCAUGGUGUGGUGUUCUGUCAUCAUCCAGGUGAAGAAAAAAAACAACCUAUUUCAGACAACAUAUUCUCUUCCAGGGUGGUGUGGCUUUUGACUUUGAUUUUAUUUGGUUUGAUUUUUUUAUUUUUUGCAUACCACAGUCUCCUAGGUCUUUGUGUAUUGUAGAUUCAUAUCCAUGAGAACAUACGCUAACCCUAAGGUGCAAUUCCAUCAGCAUAUCAGAAACCCAAAUCCUGCAUAGCUUGUAAACAAAGCACUUGUUAGCACUGAUGACAAUGCAAAUAGCUCCACAAUAAGAUAUGGAUCCUGGCAUGCUUGACUGUGUGGCAGAUCUGAUUGAAUUAGAAUCAUGUUUAUUUGUUUGUUAGUCUCUUUUCUCACAAAAGUGACUUGAAAUAAUAUAAACCCAACAAAUGAAAGUUUUAAAACACAUCUGUACAAGUAAAAAAGACAGGCCACACUAACAGAGUCCAUAUAGACCUGAAACCACUCAAAACGGGGGCCAAAAUCCAGGGUUAAAAAAGGUUUCUGCCUGGUAUCUAAACAUAGAUAAAGAUGGCAAGUCUCCCUGAGUAGAGCUUUCCACAAGUGGAAAGGCAUCACUGAAAAGGCUUGUUCUCACAUGGAGGAGCUAUGUGGAGAAAGGCUCACAUGAUGACCACAAGGUCAAGGUCAGUUCGUGUGGGGUGAGGCAGCCCUUGAGGUCAUUGGGGUCCUGAGGCUUUAUAGGUCAAAACCAGAAAUUGAGCCCAGAAACUAGUUGGUAGCCAGUGCAGUUGCACCAGAAUGAGUGUCAGAAGAAGUGUGCAUGCACACGAAAGCUCAUACCAAUGACAAACUUAGUUGGUCUCAAAGAUGCUACUGGAAGGAAUUUUUGUUUGUUUGUUUGUUUUGACCAGAAUGAGUGUUAAAUAUUUGGGCUGUCCGGAAUCUGGCUGCUGAAUUUUGGACCAGCUGCAGUUUCCAAACAGUAUUCAAAUGCAGCCCCCUGUGUGACACAUUUGAGUAAUCCAAACCAGAGGCUGUCCCUGUCCAAAUAGGGGCACAGCUGGGCCACAAGUUGAAAGCACUGAUGGAAAGCACUCGGCAGAACCAAGGCCGCUUGAGCCUGAAGCCACAAUUGAUCCAGGAGUACCCGCAAGCUAUGAUGCUGCUCCUUCUGAGAAAGUAUAAUCCCAUCAAGAGUAGGCCACACCCCACCCAUCUGGUUGAGGGAACCACCCUCUAAUAGUCAUGUGCCUCUGUCUUAUCUGGAUUAAGUUUCAGUUCAUUGGCUCAUAGCCAGUCCAUUACCAAGGCAAGACACUGGUCUAGCACAUCCACUGCCUCACCUGCAGCUGUAAAGGAAAAGUAGAGCUAUGUGUCAUCAGUACUCCCAAACUGCAGAUAACCCCACUUAAUGGUUUCAUGUACAUGUUGAACAGCAUGGAGUAUAACAUUGAACCUUUGAGAACUCCAUGGGGUUGAACAAUAAGCCGCAACCUCUGAAAACAACCACCCACUUAGUACUGGAACCACUACAGCGUUUUGCUGCCCACCCCUAUGCCUGGUGGUAUCAAAAAGCCACUGAGAGAACAAGGUGAAUUAACAGACACAGUUCCCCGUCUCUCUCCCAACAGGCCAGGCUCUGUGCCCAAACCGGGCCAUAAACCCAGUUGAAAUAGAUCUAGAAAUUGGUUCCACCCAAGAACGCUUGGAUCGGGGUGCAACCACCAGCUCAAGAGAGGUUGCCCAAGAAAGAAAGCAAUCAAUUGGUAAUGAGUUAGAUUUCUGGAUCCAGGGAGGGUUUCUUAAGGGGUGGUCUUACCACUGCCUCCUUUAAGCAGGCAAGGAUAGCUUUUAAAGAAGACUGGACAAAUCCACGUAUCAGUGGCUGCUAGUCAUGAAGGCAAUGCUCUGCUUCCAUGUCAGAAGCAGUUAUGCUUCCGAAUACCAGUCACUGGAAGCCACAGGAGGGGAGUGCGCUUGUGGGUGCUGGUUCUGCUUGCUAGUUUCCCAUGGGCAUCUAGUUAGCCACUGUGAGAACAGGAUCCUGGACUAGACGGGCCAUCGGCCUGAUCCAGCAGGCAGUUAUGGCUUUUGUUAUCUCUACCGUAUGCCAUGUUGCAUCAUAUCUCCAUGUUAUCUCCAUCAUAUCUCCAACUUUAUAAUUAAAACAACAACAACUGUAAUAUUAAUAUACUUUAUUGGGCGGGGGGAAUCAAAGUAGACAUGUAGAUGAGUCUGAUGUAAUUUAAUUUGUAAACUGAAGAUAUUUAGCAUAGCAUUCAAAAUAUGUGGGUUCUAUCUUUUUUUUAAAGGCUAAAAGUACUGAGGGGGGCACUUUUGACAAACACCAAGUCUCAUUUUGUUUGCCUCAGCACACGAUUGGACUUUCAUUCAUGGUGCAUUUGGGGACUAUUACAGUAUACUUAUCUAGACAUCUUUAAUAGAUACCAGCAACAUUUUGAAAGACAUCCACACCCAGUACAUACAUAAUGCAAAGUGAAAUGUUCAGGUUCCCAGAGUAGAGGCUGCAGCUGCAGUGCUCCUCUCCCUUGCUCCUCCUCCUCCUGCUGCUGCUGCUGCUGCACUAUCCAACACUAAGCCAUGAUUUGACUUAGCAUUAUGGCCAAACACAGACACAUGGUUUGUUGUGGUUUGUUGGGUGAAGCAAGCCCAGGUUUGGACAUGACGCUAAGCCAAACCAUGGCUUAACCCUAGAAAGUACAGUAGCACCAAGACUGAGGAGGAACACUCCACGUACCUGCAUGUUUUCCCUGUUCGUGCUAAACCAUGGUUUGUCUUAGCCUUGUACGCAAAGCAGGUAAUUGUCAUGGGGUCCACAGAAAUCUCCGUAAGCAUUGCAACAUUUUGUCAUAACCAUUUUAAAGACUUUUUUAAAAAUUCUAGCCCUGCAACCAUAGAUGUCGUUUCUGCUGAAACUCAUCUCAUCACUUUCUCCUUUCCAGUGGUGGGGGGAGGGAAAGAUGGAGCCAAGAUAUGCCAAUAGCACUUUCCAAUUGGCCUUUAAUCUUGUACUUUUCAUAAAUCAAGCGCCCUGCAUAGACAGCUAAGUUAAAUGCAUGUUGGGCUUGCAUUUCUCAGCUUGGAUUUUGGCAUGUUACAAUUGGGCGAGGUCGGGGGAGAUUUGAUACUGGCUGAUUGCAUGAAACAAUAUUUUGAAUAUAUGUCAAAUACAGUACAAACGUCAGGAAAUAGAUUUUCCAGAGUUGCUUUGAGAGACGAGUCAUCUUUGUAACAUGUGCUUGUCAGAAACCAUGAGCAAAAAAAUGUUUCUGAUGUUCAGGAGGCUAAAACUUAUUUCAGAGCAAUGGAGUGUUGCUGAUUCUGUACUUGCUUUAUUGUCUCCACAAAACACAGAAAUUCAGCUGGUUUGUGUAUGUGGCAGGUUUCUAGU